AUGACGACUCUAUUGGAGACCCUGCGCCAAACCAGUCAGGUUGGCUGCGACACGAUGGACAUUGAAGUCGCGAAGUCUCUUGGCCCGUUCGUGGAUUGCACAUCAAAUCAGGCAAUUGCUUACUUUGAGCUUUCGAGAGACGGCGGAGAGUUUCACCGCCAACUUUGGAAGGAAGCCGUUAAAUUUGCAACCCGUACUGCAAUGGAAGAUGAUGAUAUCACACGAGAUGAAUUGGUGGUAGAAGUUGCCAUGGUCAAACUACAAUUGGCCUUUCUUCCAUACACGACGGAAUACGUUCAUGUUCAGACAAACCCGAAACUCUCCUUCUCUACAGAAGCAACAGUGAGAAACGCUGAAAGACUCGUCACUAUGUUCAAGGAAUUGGUAGGAGACGAGGAAGAUGAGAACCGAAUAUGCAUCAAGGUGCCUGCUACGUGGGAAGGCCUAGAAGCCUGCCAAAUCCUGCAAGCACGGGGCAUACCAACUCUAGCGACGACAAUGUUUUGCAUGGAGCAAGCGGCGUUGGCGGCAGAGGCCAGGUGCACCUACAUUGCCCCUUACGUGAAUGAGCUGCGAGUCCACUUUGACAAAGAGUUCGUGGACGAGCACAAAGCAUUCAGCUUUUGCGUAGAAGCGCAGAGCUACUAUACCAGAAUAAAUGCAAAAACCCGGAUACUGGCGGCCUCGCUCACGUCUAUCGACGACGUGAUGCGGCUCGCAGGCGUGCAGCAUAUUACCGUCUCGCCGUCACUGCUAAGGGAGCUCGCUACAACGCCGGCUGAUGGGUGGAAGAGUUCCGCUCCAAGUGUCUUUACCAAUUCUGGUAAAGUCUCUCUGAACAAGAGAUACACGAGAGAUGAUUUCAACGAUAUUCUACGCAAUGAAAGUGGCUGGAGGCUGGCAUUUGCGAGAAGCGGGUUCGGAUCCAGUCACGGCAAAAUCAUACAGGCUAUAAACUACUUUUCUGACUUCCAAGAUAAAUUGGAGAGCAUGGUGGUAAAUUAUCUAUAA